GUUGACAUGCCGGUUCAGCGUCCAGGAGCCGUGCAGGCGCACGUGUCGUGCUUUGACCGCGUUAAAAUGGGAGCGUUGAUGGGGUUUGCUAUAGGAAUGGCGUCUGGGGCGAUAUUUGGAACAGCCACUGCUUUCAGAUAUGGUCUGCGUGGACGUGAGCUCUUGUCAAAUACUGCAAAGAUAAUGCUUCAAGGUGGUGGGACAUUUUCUGUAUUUCUUGCUAUCGGUUCAGCCUUGCUAUCGGUUCAGCAAUACGAUGUUAGUUAA